GAGAGAGAGAGAGAGAGAGAGAGCUGAAUGGAAUGUCUCUGAUUCUUAAUGUUCCGUCUCAGAACACAUAACAACAUGGAACUUCUAUCGUGAGAAGGAUGACCUGCCACUCAUUGAGCUCCUUUGUACGGAGCCUGUCCAGGAGAAAACCUCUGGAGCCUGAGGGAGAGGAGUCCACUUUCAACCGCUGUCUCACCACCCUGGACCUGGUGGCCCUAGGAGUGGGGAGUACCCUGGGGGCAGGGGUCUACGUUCUCUCUGGAGAGGUUGCUAGGACGUCGUCAGGUCCCAGCAUCAUCAUAUCCUUCUUCAUCGCUGCCGUGGCCUCCAUCUUUGCCGGCUUGUGCUACGCUGAYUUCGGGGCCCGCGUCCCCAAAACGGGGUCUGCGUAUCUGUACAGCUAUGUGACGGUAGGAGAGCUACUGGCGUUUAUUACCGGGUGGAAUCUGUUGCUGUCCUACGUCAUAGGGACGUCCAGUGUGGCGAGGGCUUGGAGCGGAACCUUUGAUGACCUCAUCGGCAACGUCAUGGGGAAUUUCUUCAAAGAAAACCUUUACAUGGGCCUCCCGGGCCUCGCAGAAUACCCAGACUUCUUUGCUGCUGGGCUCAUUAUGCUCCUGGCAGGUCUGCUGGCUUUUGGUGUCCAGGAAUCGGCAAUAGUCAACAAGAUCUUCACGGCCCGCAACAUCCUGGUGCUUCUGUUUGUCAUUGUAGCGGGCUUUGUCAAGGAGGACAUCGGGAACUGGCUAUCAGUCAGGAGGUGCUCAUCAACGCUAAGCGGAAUUUCAUAUGAUGGGGAUGGAGGGUUCUUCCCGUACGGUUUCGACGGGACAAUCUCUGGAGCCGCUACCUGUUUCUACGCCUUCGUAGGCUUCGACUGCAUCGCCACAACAAGUGAGGAGGUGAAGAACCCUCAGAAGUCCAUCCCGCUGGGCAUCGUGGCGUCUCUCCUCAUCUGUUUCCUGGCCUACUUCGCCGUGUCGGCGGCCCUCACUCUGAUCAUGCCCUACUACAWGCUGAAUGUUAACAGCCCGCUGCCCGUGGCCUUCGAGUACAUCGGCUGGGGGCCCGCCAAGUAUGUGGUGGCUGUCGGCUCGCUCUGCGCCCUCUCCACCAGUCUGUUGGGUUCCAUGUUCCCUAUGCCCCGCGUACUGUUUGCUAUGGCCAGAGAUGGCCUCCUCUUCAAGCCCCUCAGUAAGGUCAGCACCAGACAAAGUCCUGUCAUCGCUACCAUCUCCUCCGGGUUCGUAGCAGCGAUAAUGGCCCUGGUGUUUGACCUGAAAGCAUUGGUUGAUAUGAUGUCAAUUGGGACACUCUUUGCCUACACACUUGUGGCUAUAUGCAUUCUCAUACUUAGGUACCAAGAGACCCAAUCAGAAGACUCAGAUCUCCAGAUUCUUGA